AUGAUGGAUACGAAAUCUCACAGUUUAUACGUUGGUGCCAUGAACAAAGUAAUCAAAUUAAAUUUAACAAAUAUUGCAGAUAACAACCACAGAGAAGAAAUUUUGCUAGCCAACAGUACAUCAUUAGAUCGGUGCAUCUGGCAAGGUAAAGAAAAGAUGCCUGACUGCCAGAAUCACAUUCGUUUAAUAGCCUUUAAUGGGAGCAACCUGUUUGUAUGUGGAACAGGAGCCUAUAAUCCAACAACAUACCUACUAGAUAUUCACACUCUACAACAAAUUGGGAGAAGUGAGCGAGGUAUGGGUCUGUGUGCCUUUGACCCAUUUGAUAAUUCCACGGCAGUUCUAGUGAAAAGCAAGAACCAACAAAAUGACCUGGUAUCCAUUUAUUCUGGGGCUUUUGCUGACUUCUCGAAGGCUCAACCACAGAUCUACAGACCGAGCGUAUAUUCAAAGAAUGGCACACUAUUGAAUAAAUACUUGAGAAGUGCUCUCUCAAGCUCUAAAUGGCUAAACGAACCACAGUUUGUAGCUUCUUUUGAUGCCGGGGAACAAGUCUUCUUCUUCCUCAGGGAAUUAGCUGUUGAGUAUAGCAAUUGCGGCAAGAAAAUAUAUUCACGAGUUGCCCGCGUUUGUAAGAAUGACAAAGGCGGUGCUCGUCUGCUGAUCAAUGAGUGGUCCACCUACUUGAAAGCCAGAAUCAAUUGCUCUCUGCCAGGCCAGUAUCCCUACUAUUUUGAUGAAAUACAGGAUGUCUACUCUGAUGAUAACAGAAUAUUUUAUGCACUAUUUACCACUAAUCGUAAUGGUGUGACCGCUUCAGCGAUUUGUGCAUACGAUUGGCAAGACAUCCAAAAAGUAUUUAAUGGGCCAUUCAAAAACCAAGAUAAUGAUAAAUCAAUUUGGCUACCAGUGCCUAACAAGCAUGUGCCAGCCAUCCGACCAGGAAAUUGUUCCAUCAAAGACUCUCGAUCUCUGCCAGACAAUGUGCUAACAUUCAUCAAGAACACCCCGCUAAUGCACUUGUCUCUGCCUCACAUGUACUCCACACCUAUCUACCACAAAGCAAAUGUUAUGAUGCAGAAAUUGGUGGUAGCCUUCAAUGUAUCAGGACAUGGAGAUACAGUAUUCUUUACUGCAAGUAAUCAAGGAAAGGUUUACAAAAUAUUUCAGCGACCAAUCAGGAAUAACCAGCCACCAUCUUCAGUGUUAUCAUCAGUUUAUACUCCAUUUCCAGAUACCCAGCCAAUUUGGAGCCUAAAACUUCAUAAGAACAGUCUAUAUUUUGGCACAGAUACUCAAGUUCUGCAAGUCAAUGUGGAGACAUGUGAUCAAUACAAAAAGGUGGAUGCUUGUAUCAAUGAUCCAUACUGUGGGUGGUCCAAUUCAGACAAUAGUUGUCUAUAUAAUCACCCGCACAACAGAAAUACAAGAUUAAUCACUUUUAAGGAUAUUAACACAAAUUUGCCUUUUGAAGAAGCUGUAGAACAAGCACUCAAUGAUAAGUUGUAUGAUGCCCUUACAGUCAAUGUGUCAGUUGGCACUUCCUUCCGGUUGAAACUGAAUUAUAAACUCUGUGUCCAUGGCCCAGUGGUGUGGAAAAAGGAUGGUGUAGAACUGUGUCCUGGAGAUGAAUACCUUCUAGCACAGGACCAAUCGCUUAUUUUGCAGAAUAUCCAUGAAAACCACCAAGGAAUCUACCAAGCUCUUGAUAGGCAUCAUAAAGAAGUUUCUCAUUAUAUCGUUAAUAUACGUAAAGGUCAGGAUGUUGAACCACUAGAACCUGGAGAUUCUCAGGGGAAGGCAGAGAUUGAAAAGGACUGGAUGUUAAAGUUCCAGGAAUGGUGUGUUUUGUUUGAAGACUACAAAAAGCAGCGAGACAAAUGGACAAGGGAUUGUCAGAGUGGCAAUGCUGACCUGAACAGCAACACCAUCAACACUAUCCCCCGGAACCACAACUGA